AUUAAAAACAUCCCUUAAAAUUUUUAUAUAAAUUAACUGGCUAUUAAACUGGCUCGUAUAAAUAAUUAAAUAUAUAUUAUUUAGUAAUAUUAUAAUAUAAAAUUAUUUUGUAACAUUUAAUAAAUAUGUUGAUAGAAAACGUGGUAAAGUCGGAAAUGUUGGGCAAAAUCCCGAUUAAAGAGAAAGUUACUCAAUAUGUAUACGACGGCCAGGACUUGAUUACCGACGAUCAGAAAAAGCGUUUUAACAAAAUGAUGAUACGACUACUGAUGAAUCAAACGGUACCAUCGAUCGGGGGCAAAUUAAUGAUGAUGAUCAACUUUUGAUGAACGGCACCAGUAUUGACGACAAAUUGCAACUUGAUCAAAAGUUAGAGAUAUAUUGGGUCAAUGUAAUAGCCUUUGCGAUAUUGCACAUGGCAGCAUUGUACGCAAUUUACGUUGGCGUGACCCAGGCCAAAUUACUAACACUGCCCUACAUGUAUCU